AUGGCCCCGGAUCCUGAGAAGCCCACGGCUGCCGACAAGGGCAAGGGCAAGGCCGUUGACGAACCCAAGAGCGACAAGACUGUUGCGAACGGCAAGAAGGAGGAUGGCAAGAUCAUCGACUCGGCAGAGGAGCUCAGUGAGGAGGACCAGCAACUGAAGAACGAGCUUGAGAUGCUGGUUGAGCGCCUGACUGAAUCCGAUGCAUCCCUCUACAAACCGGCUCUCGAGGCCAUGAAGACAUCUAUCAAGACUUCAACUUCUUCAAUGACCGCCGUACCAAAACCAUUGAAGUUCCUGCGACCGCACUACGAGACUUUGACGAAGCUCCAAGAAGACUGGCCAGAGGGUGACGACAAGACGUCUCUCGCCGAUGUCCUCUCCGUGAUCGGCAUGACCUUCUCAGACGAAGAGAGACAGGACACCCUGAAGUACCGACUUCUCGCGCCAUCGUCAGACAUUAUUUCAUGGGGCCACGAGUACUCGCGCCACCUGGCUCUUGAGAUCGGAGAGGUCUACGGGAAGCGCAUAGUCGCAGAUGAGGACACGAAGGAUCUGGUCGAUCUCGCCCUCAUUCUCGUGCCCACGUUCUUGCAAAGUAACGGAGAGGCCGAUGCCGUCGAUCUCAUGAGCGAGCUCGAGAUUAUCGAGCAGCUGCCCAACUAUGUCGACGAGAACACGUAUGCCCGCGUGUGCCUGUACAUGGUCAGCAUGGUCAACCUCCUCACGUACCCAGACAACGAGCUCUUCCUCAAGACGGCCCACGAUAUCUACAUCACGUACAAGCAGUACACGCAGGCCAUGGUGCUGGCCAUUCGACUGAACGAUAUUGAUCUCAUCAAGGCCGAUUUCGACAAGGCGCAGGACCCUGCACUGAAGAAGCAGCUCGGUUUCUUGGUCGCGCGCCAGCGCAUCAUGCUCGAGCUUCCUGACGAGAUUGUGGGCGAUGACCAGGAGCUUCAGGACUCGCUCACGAACAUUAAGUUGUCGGAGCACUUCAAGUCCCUCGGUAAGGAGCUCAACAUUCUCGAGCCCAAGACGACAGAGGACAUCUACAAGAGCCACCUCGAGAGCAGCCGCGUUGCCGGCAUGACGAACCUCGACUCUGCACGACACAACCUUGCAGCAGCCUUUGUAAACGGCUUCGUCAACGCUGGCUUCGGAAACGACAAGAUGAUGCUCGUGGAGGAAGACAAGGAGAGCUGGGUCUGGAAGACCAAGGGCGACGGCAUGAUGUCGACGGUUGCCUCGUUGGGCACUCUUCUUCAGUGGGAUGUUGAGAAUGCGCUCGACAAGAUUGACAAGUACACCUACGCGCAAGAGCCCGAGAUCAUGGCCGGCGCCAUGCUGGCCAUCGGCAUUACGAACACCGGUGUGCGCCUGGACAGCGAGCCUGCUCUGGCCCUCCUUGGCGACAAUGAUAAGCUGAGGAACCCGGAUACGAACCCUCUGGUCACCACCGCCUGCCUCAUGGGUCUUGGUCUGUCCUACGCAGGUUCCAAUAAGGAGGACCUGCUCGAGAUUCUUCUUCCCAUCAUCACCGACUCCUCCGUCGAGAUGCGCAUUUCUGCCAUGGCCGCGCUGUCUUGCGGUCUGAUCUUUGUUGGCUCUUCCAACCCCGAGGUCAGCGAGGCGAUCGUCACCACUAUGCUGGAUGAUGAGCGCAGGGACCAGCUCACCUCCAAGUGGACCAGAUUCAUGGCCCUUGGCCUGGGCCUGCUCUUCUUCGGCCGCCAGGAGGAGGUGGAUGUCAUCCUGGAGACUCUCAAGGCUGUCGACCAUCCCAUGUCCAAGCCUACCGCUGUCCUGGCCGAGAUUUGCGCCUGGGCUGGUACGGGUGCCGUCCUCAAGAUCCAGGAGCUGCUGCACAUCUGCAACGAGCACAUGGAGGAGGCCGAAGAGAAGAAGGGUGAUGAGCUCACGCAAGCGUACGCUGUUCUGGGUAUCGCGCUUGUGGCCAUGGGCGAGGAUGUCGGCCAGGAGAUGGUCCUGCGACACUUCGGACACCUGAUGCACUACGGCGAGCCGAACAUCAGGCGCGCGGUGCCCCUGGCGCUGGGUCUCAUCAGCCCGAGCAACCCGCAAAUGAAGAUUUACGACACCCUCUCACGAUACAGCCACGACAAUGACAGCGACGUUGCGAUCAAUGCCAUCUUCGCCAUGGGUCUUUUGGGUGCGGGCACGAACAACGCGAGACUGGCGCAGCUCCUGCGACAGCUCGCCAGCUUCUACCACCGCGACCAGGAGUCUCUCUUCAUGGUGCGCAUCGCACAGGGCCUCUUGCACAUGGGCAAGGGUACCAUGUCAGUCAACCCCUUCCACACCGACAGGCAGGUGCUCUCACGCGUGUCGGCUGGUGGUAUCCUGGCGGUGCUCGUGGCCAUGAUUGAUGCCAAGUCAUUCAUCACGUCAGACUCGCACUACCUGCUCUACUUCCUGGUGACAGCCAUGCACCCCAGGUUCCUGGUCACGCUGGGCGAGGACCUCAAGCCUCUCAAGGUCAACGUCCGCGUCGGCCAGGCCGUGGAUGUUGUUGGCCAGGCCGGCCGUCCCAAGACCAUCACGGGCUGGCAGACGCAGAGCACGCCCGUCGUGCUGGCGUACGGUGAGCGGGCGGAGCUUGAAGACGAGGAGUACAUCAGCCUGAACAGCACGCUGGAGGGUCUCGUCAUUCUCAAGAAGAACCCCGACUGGGAGGGCGCCAAAUAG